AUGCAGACGCUACCGCAGAGUUACCAGAUGAGGCCAAUGAAAACAUUGUCAGGGAUCCAGACGAGGUCAAGGAAUCAACAAGGAGGCGGAUGGUUGGACAACGUGCCGUUAGACGUGGUCCCCCUGACACUUACGACUAAACAUAACAUCAACGGUACGGAAGUAUUCAACAACUUUACCACUACGAGUACUGCUGCACCGCACGGUUCUCGUACCACGGAGGUAGAAACGACAACCGUAAUCCUGUCUUGCAAAGACCGCUCUAAGUGCCCUCGGGUAUUCGAGGAGUCCUUUUUGUCGCGCCGACUGUACCCCACGGCCGGCAUUCGGCAUGCCCCGCUUUAUAUAUUUGCGCGAACGGACAUAAAAACUGACGGGCAUCCUGAACGUGCGGGGGAAUAUGAAGAAAGGGGAUUUACCCUCGUCAAGCCGACGACGGCAGCCGUAAUAACUAUGAGCAACCGAGAUAAAAGCAACUCAGUGCUCGCGAUGGACUCUAGACGUGGCGAUUAUGAGUUGUUGGGGCACUGGAUGCUAAUA